AUGUUUUUUCCGUUUUUAUUAUUUACAAUUGUGUUUACUGUGUGUGAAUGUGAUAAACCCCAUAUUAUUUUAAUUGUUGCUGAUGAUUUAGGCUGGAACGACGUCGGCUUCCAUGGCAUGAAUCAAAUACCCACACCGAAUAUAGACGCGCUCGCGUGGUCCGGCGUCAUGUUGCAUAAUUACUACGUGACACCGAUAUGCACGCCGUCAAGGGCCGCACUUAUGACCGGAAAAUAUCCUAUACAUACUGGUAUGCAACAUACUGUCAUAUUCGGUUCAGAACCACGAGGCCUACCAUUAUCUGAAAAAAUACUACCUCAAUAUUUGAAGGAUCUUCAAUAUAAGACACACUUAGUGGGCAAAUGGCACCUCGGCUCAUACAAGAAGGAAUAUUUGCCUUUGAAUAGAGGAUUUGAUAGUCAUUUAGGAUUUUGGUCCGGGAAGAUUGAUAUGUACGAUCAUAUUAAUGAAGAAAAAGGCUAUUGGGGAUUUGACUUUAGAAGAAAUAUGUCAGUGGCAUACGAUUUAUUUGGACAAUACGCAACAGAUGUGUACACGCAAGAAGCUAUCAGGAUAAUAAAUGAUCAUAAAAAAGCAGAGCCGUUAUUUCUCAUGAUCGCACAUUCCGCCGUACACACUGGAAACCCUUGCGAGCCUAUCCGGGCGCCUGAUGAUGUCAUAGCAAAUUUUUCAUACAUCAAAGAUUAUCAACGUCAAAAAUUCGCAGGUGUACUAACCAAGUUAGACGAAUCAGUCGGCGACGUUGUAGCAGCGUUACAGUCGAACCAAAUGUUAAAGAAUAGCAUCAUAAUAUUCACCACCGACAAUGGCGGGCCGGCCGAAGGGUUCAACGAAAACAGGGCUUCGAACUAUCCUUUAAGAGGUGUCAAAAACACUUUAUGGGAGGGAGGUGUGAGAGGCGCCGGCCUCAUCUGGAGUCCUUUGAUUGAAAAAAAAUCUCGAAUAGCAAAGCAAAGAUUACAUUUAGUCGAUUGGAUGCCGACGCUACUUAGCGCCGCCGGUAUGAAUAUCAGUACAUUAAAAGACUUGGACGGAAUAGACCAAUGGAAUGCACUUUCAAAAGAUCUUAAGUCCGAAAGAAACACUAUUCUACACAACAUUGAUGAUGAAUACGGAAAUGCUGCAAUUACAAUUGGCAAGUGGAAGUUACAUAAAGGAACUAGUUACGAGGGAGCUUGGGACGGUUGGUACGGGCCGGGCGGCCGCGCCGGCCGCUACGACGCGGGCGCCGUGUGCGCGGCCGCGAGCGGGCGCGCCUUGCAGCAGCUGGGCCUGAUGCCCACAAAUGACAAGAUAUUUGAACUUAGAAAAAAGGCCACAAUAGAAUGCGACAGAUUCAGCAGGACCGCUUGCCACCCGUUACUGGCGCCGUGUUUGUUCGAUAUAGAGGACGACCCUUGCGAAACCAACAAUCUAGCCGAUAGAGAACCAGAGAAAUUGAGGUAUAUGCUUCAGGAAUUGGAUAAAGUGAACAAAACAGCGAUAAAACCUAACAAUAAACCCCUCGACCCUCGCGGGGACCCCAAGUAUUGGGGGCAUGUGAUCACUAAUUUUGGUGAUUACGAGAAUACAAAUAUACAAACUUGC